GGCUGUCUGCCACAUCCGGCCCUCGCACGAAAGGGUCCUUCUUUUUGAAGCGUACGCCAUAGCUGGCGUAUGGUAGUUUAUUUUAUUGAACGAAAAAUCUAUAACCAUCCAAAAUGGUGAAUUUCACCGUAGACGAAAUCCGUCAGAUGAUGGACAAGAAGCGGAACAUCCGCAACAUGUCCGUCAUCGCUCACGUCGACCACGGCAAGUCCACCCUGACGGACUCGCUGGUCUCCAAGGCCGGUAUCAUUGCUGGCGCCCGUGCCGGAGAGACACGCUUCACGGACACGCGCAAAGACGAGCAGGACAGAUGCAUCACCAUCAAGUCAACCGCUAUCUCUAUGUUCUUCGAGCUCGAAGAGAAAGACUUGGUGUUCAUCACCAACCCCGACCAGCGUGAGAAGAGUGAAAAGGGUUUCUUGAUUAACCUUAUCGACUCACCUGGGCACGUUGACUUCUCAUCUGAAGUAACUGCUGCUCUCCGUGUAACUGAUGGAGCUCUUGUGGUCGUAGACUGCGUCUCAGGUGUGUGCGUACAAACCGAGACUGUACUGCGUCAGGCUAUUGCCGAGCGUAUCAAGCCCAUCCUGUUCAUGAACAAGAUGGACCGUGCUCUGCUGGAGCUGCAACUGGAAGCUGAAGAACUGUACCAGACCUUCCAGCGUAUUGUUGAAAACGUGAACGUCAUCAUCGCCACUUACAACGACGAUGGUGGUCCCAUGGGUGAGGUCCGUGUUGACCCCAGCAAGGGUUCCGUCGGUUUCGGAUCCGGUCUCCACGGCUGGGCCUUCACCCUCAAGCAGUUCUCUGAGAUGUACGCCGACAAGUUCAAGAUCGACCUUGUCAAGCUCAUGAACAGACUUUGGGGAGAGAACUUCUUCAACGCCAAGACCAAGAAGUGGGCGAAACAGAAGGACAAUGACAACAAGCGUUCCUUCUGCAUGUACGUGCUGGACCCCAUCUACAAGGUGUUCGACGCCAUCAUGAACUUCAAGAAGGAGGAGAUCGACGGUCUCCUCACCAAGAUCGGAGUCACCAUCAAGCACGAGGAUGCUGACAAGGACGGAAAGGCUCUGCUCAAGGUGGUUAUGCGUAGCUGGCUGCCCGCUGGUGAAGCUCUGCUUCAGAUGAUUGCCAUCCACCUGCCUUCCCCCGUGGUAGCCCAGAAGUACCGUAUGGAGAUGUUGUACGAAGGACCCCAUGAUGAUGAGGCUGCUAUCGGUAUCAAGAACUGUGACCCCGAAGCUCCCCUCAUGAUGUACGUGAGCAAGAUGGUACCGACCUCCGACAAGGGUCGUUUCUACGCCUUCGGACGUGUCUUCUCCGGAAAGGUCGUCACUGGACAGAAGGCCCGUAUCAUGGGACCCAACUUCACCCCUGGCAAGAAGGAGGAUCUGUAUGAGAAGACCAUCCAGCGUACCAUCCUCAUGAUGGGACGUUACGUUGAGGCCAUUGAGGAUGUGCCCAGCGGUAACAUCUGUGGUCUGGUCGGAGUUGACCAGUUCCUCGUCAAGACCGGAACCAUCACCACCUUCAAGAAUGCUCACAACAUGAAGGUCAUGAAGUUCAGUGUAUCGCCUGUCGUGCGUGUGGCCGUCGAGCCCAAGAACCCUGCUGACCUGCCCAAGCUGGUGGAAGGUCUUAAGCGUCUGGCCAAGUCAGACCCUAUGGUACAAUGUAUCAAUGAGGAGUCUGGAGAGCACAUCGUCGCUGGUGCUGGAGAGCUCCAUCUUGAGAUCUGUCUUAAGGACUUGGAGGAGGACCACGCUUGCAUUCCAAUCAAGAAAUCCGACCCUGUCGUAUCUUACCGUGAGACUGUCAACGAGAUGUCCGACCAGAUGUGUCUCUCGAAGUCGCCCAACAAGCACAACCGUCUCUUCAUGAAGGCGCAACCCAUGCCUGACGGUCUGCCCGAGGACAUUGACGACGGCAAGGUCAACCCCCGUGAUGACUUCAAGACUCGUGCCCGUUACUUGACCGACAAGUACGAGUACGACGUGACUGAGGCGCGUAAGAUCUGGUGCUUCGGUCCCGAGGGUACUGGUCCCAACAUACUGGUCGACUGCUCCAAGGGAGUGCAGUACCUGAACGAGAUCAAGGACUCCGUGGUCGCCGGUUUCCAAUGGGCCGCCAAGGAGGGAGUCAUGGCCGAGGAGAACUUGCGUGGAGUGCGCUUCAACAUCUACGACGUCACGCUACACACUGACGCUAUCCACAGGGGUGGCGGUCAAAUCAUUCCAACCACGAGAAGAUGUCUGUACGCCUGUCUGCUGACCGCGCAGCCCAGACUCAUGGAGCCCGUCUACUUGUGCGAGAUCCAGUGUCCCGAGGUCGCUGUCGGUGGUAUCUACGGUGUCCUGAACAGACGUCGUGGUCACGUAUUCGAGGAGUCUCAGGUCGCUGGUACCCCCAUGUUCGUGGUGAAGGCGUACCUGCCCGUCAACGAGUCGUUCGGCUUCACCGCCGACUUGCGUUCCAACACCGGAGGACAGGCCUUCCCGCAGUGUGUGUUCGACCACUGGCAGGUCCUGCCCGGUGACCCAUGCGAGCCCAGCUCCAAGCCUUACACCAUUGUGCAGGAUACAAGGAAAAGGAAAGGACUUAAGGAGGGUCUGCCUGACUUAAGUCAAUAUUUGGACAAACUGUAAACGUCGUAGCUAAUGCAAUCCGAACUGUAAUAUAUGUAACAUUAUUGAGCGCGCCUCACGCACCACACAACUUUACGUUAACAUUACGAAAUAAUUUUAUUUUAACAUACAUACAUGGAUGUAUCGCCUCAAUUAAGUUAAGUGUUAAGCACGACGACGCUGGUCGGACCGUUUGUUACUGAGUGACGGCUGUUACUGUCACAAGAUAUACUAAAUAAACUAUUGAAAAUAUAACAGUCUGUUUGAUAUGAAUCGCUAUGAUGUCGGGAACCAUGAUUCAUUAAUUGUACUGUAAUUAAUUUUUAAAUUAUAAUUUUUCUAUUGUAAACAA